CAUAUCUUAAUACUAGUAAAAAAUCCAUGGCAUUUCUUCCCAAGAGAAGAAAAAUGGGAGAAUCCUCAAAUAAGAUGAUGAAACUUACUCAAACAAUUCCUGAUGAUAUGGUGGAGCACAUCAUCUCCACGUUUCUUCCAGUCAAAUCUCUUUUACGAAACCGUAUCCUAUCCAAAAGAUUUGUGGACACACAUAUACGAUCUCGUAACCUCGAUUUCAGUGGCAUAUAUUCUAGAAGAAGGAGUCAGUUAGAGGUUGUUGGCAUCAUCGAAGAAGUCUUUAAUCAAUAUAAAGGAUCAGAUAUUCACAGAUUCAUUUUGCUUAUCAAUCAUCUUGGGAUAGAAGAUAAAAUAAUCUCAUGCAUCAAUACAUGCCUUGGGAAAAACAUCCAAGAGAUUGUCUUAGAUUUCUCCAAAUCCAAGAAAGUUAUGGAGAUCCCGAUCAAUUUCUCGGCCGUGGAGACUCUUCAACAUUUGAAGCUGCGAUCAUGUAAGUUUGAAAUGGUAGACAAUUCACCAAAAGGUUUAAAGCUUUUGAGGACACUCUCACUUAUGCGUAUCAAGGUGAUGAAAGAGACAAUAAACGCCGUUUUCACCAACUGCAUCCACCUCGAAUCAGUGGAACUAAUCAAUUGCUGGAUGGAUGACAUGUUGAGCAUCCAUGCUCCGGAACACAAGAAAUUCAAAUCGCUGGUUUUGUCUUCUAUACGAGGUCUUUGGGUCAUCAGUUUGAACGCACCCUCUUUAGAAAAUUUCAAGUAUGAUGGAUAUGCCAUUAAAUUUAACUUUGUGAGUACAUACACACUCAAAGAGGCAAAUCUCCAUUAUAAUCGGAAUUUUAGCCAAAGUUAUUACGAUCCAUCUAACUUGGUGGUUAAUAACAUGAAUUUUAUCACAAGAGUUUUUGUCCUCACAACAACGACCAUCUUUCUUGAGGUAAAUUAUUUUUGA